AUUGAGGUUUGCACUACAAUUCCAGUUCUGCACUGGGGCAGUCGGUUUGUUGACUCCUCCGGGAACGCGUACGGGGCUUUGGAUUGGUUUUAAUUUUAGUUUAUUCUACAAGUAAUAAAAUUGUCGUCAAUUAUCAGAUAACGGAAAGCACCAUUCCCCUCCGAACUAGCAAAUAUGGCAUCAUGGGGGCCAUUAAUCGGUGGUGCUUCUACCUCGACCACCACCUGUAGCAGUAAUACCCGCCUGACCCGCGCCUCCAGCAAGGGUGGAGCCGUUGGGUUGUUCAGCGAUACGCUUACAGCCGCACUUGGCAAACGGAAGAAUCGUUUCAAGGAACUCACCGAAGAGCUCAAUCACCGAAUCAAUAAGGAGGAGAAAGAGGAACCCUACCAAAAGCCACUGUUCAACACGGAGAAAAUUCACCGCAUCAUGGAACGAGUGAUCGAGAAACAGUUCAACGUGGACGAGGAGGAGAUGCGUUACAUUUACGACCCGUCGAAAAACCUGCAAAUGUGUCAGAAUAUAUCCAAGCAGAUCAAGGACCGAAUUAAGAAUAUGAACUAUAAAAGGCAUCGGAUCAUUAGUUUGGCAACCAUUGUCGAGAAGCAACAGCAAGGAGUGCAUUACAAGAUGAAAUACAUAUUGGAUCCCAAGAUGGAUGACUACAUUCGGCACUAUCACGAGACGCCUCACUUUUAUGUGAUUGCAACGGUUAUUCUUGUGCACAAGGAUUAAGUGCUUUAUAGGCUAUAUUCGACCUGCGAGCUAUAUCAUAUGAUACAAAGUAGCUUGAUGUUGAAAUUCAGACAUCAAAAUGUCACUAGGCAUAACGUAUAUGAAGUUUCAUAUCGAGAUACAGUUUAUCAAGUGAUAAACAUAUAGGUGCAGUUAAAAUUCAAAAUGUGUGUUUAUAUUAUGUCCUACCCA